AUGUCUGCAGGUCUUGAUUUAAACUGUCAAGCACAAAUGAGCAACCCAAAUUCAUUUCGAAUACAUUGGCCAAAUGGCGACAAGUCAUCCAAAGAUAAGCCCCACAUCAAGUAUGUUCUUAAUGCAAUGAAGAGUAAUUUCAACCCUGUGUUAAAAGAUCCCAAAGAGUCACCAGAUCCGGAUUCUCAAAAUGAUAGUUCUGUGGACAAUGCUACACCUCUGCCACCUGAAGACAGUAAAGGUAUUAAGAAGACCUCUUCAGGAACUCACUCUGAUGCUGUAUUAGAUCAAAAGAGUGGUAAAAAGAAUAUCCCAACCAGUAGCACUAAUGUUGCUGAUGUAGAAAAUAAAUCCAAUGCCAAAGUUGAACCACCGAGUAGCAGAAGCAGUACAUCAGAGCUAGUGGAUGACAAAUGCAGUGCCAAGAAAAUUCCUAUAAUAAGUAAAAGCAAUUCUGACUCCAUUUUAGAUGUCAAACCAAGCAGCAAGAAAGAUCCUAUUUCUGUUAAAAAUAGUGCUUCAGACUCUCAACUUGAGAAAAAAAAUAACAGCAAGAAAGACCAAUCUAACAGCAAAAAUAGUUUCAAACCAGGAGACAUAGGUAAUAUUGUUAAACCAGAAGUAAACAAAAGAAGAUCUGAAAAAAAAUUGGAAACGUUCAGUGUUGAUUCAGAAUCUUUACAUCUGAAGUGCAAUUCUAUACCUAAUCGUGCCUUGCCCAUAUCAGCUGCAUCUAACAAUAAGGAUUUGAGUGAGCCAAAGCAAACUACUACUGAGAAAAUACUUCCCAAUGUCGAUUUACCUUCAUCUACCUUGGAUCAAGGUAUGGAUGAAAAUGAAGAGGACAAUAAAAAACGUUUAGCUAGAAAGAGAGCCCUACGUAACCGUUCUGUUACACGCUCAGAGACAGGAUCUGAAGGGGACUCCCCUGCUUCAGGCCGUAAGAGGUCUGCAAGGCGUUGGUCCAAAGAAGGAGAAACUGUUCUUCAAAAUGCUAUUGCUCGAAAAGAAAAGUCCUUAAGUUCUAUUGGAAAAUCAGAUGAUGACAAAGCCCACAAAGCUAUUGCUCGUAGCUUGAGGGAGGGUAGAAAUUCCUUGUCUGUUGGGAAAAGGUCUCAAAGCAAAUCACAGGAUACUUUGUCUGUUAGUUCUGCCGAAUCAACAUCAGAAGGUAAAUCAAAGAACUCUUUGCAAUUGAAAUCUCAAACUGAUAACAUAAAUGAUGUACCCAAAGAAGAUUCCAAAAUGGAUUUUGAUUCAGCACCUCAACCCAUUUCUAAACCAUCAUCUGUCAAAUCAGAUGCAGAUUGCACACAUACAAAGACUGGCAAACGUCGCUACAAACCAUUUCGGGGUCUUAGGUAUUCCUUCAGUGGGGUCACCAAGAGGUCCAAAGUCUUUCGACGCUCUGCUCCCUCUCAAAGAAAUGUCUCUUCUGACUUUCACUUUGAAGAGAGUUCUCCACCACUCAAAAACAAAUCUUCAAACUCUACUUCAGUUAAAAAAGGAAUUAAUGGCGUAACCUCAGAAAAGAGCCGUAGUCGUAGUCCUGCAGUAGGCGAUGCAUGUACCUCUAAGGCCAAGAAAAGUAGACGGGAUAAUCCUCUCUCCCCAUCACCAAGUCCUGGAGAUACUCCUGCAGAUGCGAAUCAUCCAGAAUCGACAGCUAUUUCAUUUGGUGCUGGGACUGCUGGGUUGUGUUUAUGCCAAUCAAAAACUAAUUUAUAUGUUCGUAAAGAGACUUUUGAGGAAACUGACCUUAGUCUUAUGUGCCAAGCUGUUGAUUCCUUGGAGGGACGUCUGAUUGGCUGCUGCAAUGCUGUGGGUGGUAGUGAAUCAGCAAGACUGUACCGGCCUAGCCCUCGUGUUCCUUAUGUUGUGUGCCCUUCACUACACUACUAUCAUCGUGAUUGUCAACUUAUGAUUGCUGGAAAGCCUCAGUGUCCUCAUUGUGGGUUAGAGUCUCCUCCGGAUGAAGUCAGCAUAAGUUUGGGUGUCAAGAAAUACCCAGUAUUCCUUCCUCACCAGAAGCUUGUCAAACAAACGCCAUCAGCAAGGAUGAGCCUGGGUUCCAGUGUUACCUCUCAAGAUCAACCUGAGGAUGUGCCUGACAGCAUUGCUAUGACCCUUCCCAUAGCAACAACAGUCUUGGACAAAGCAGAAAGAGAAAA